AUGAGCUCGAUGGCUGAGGGCAGUGAGGGUUGGGAACGAGAGGAUGAGCUUGAUCUGGGCCAGGAUGAGCACGACCUCCAAACCCCCGGUAAUGAUGCCGCUCUCGAACACGAUUACCCCGGGCCUUCCCCACAGAAGUUAGAGCCGGUCGAAGCGGAGGCGGAGGAAUUGGACACGAUAGACAAUGCGCAGGACCAGGCUUCUGAGAAGACACUGGAUGCAGACGGCCCUCGGCUACCGCAAACGCCGCCGCCUAGGAAAGCGCAAGUGAACGCGGCCCCUGGCAGUGUAGAUGAGACGGCUUCGACCCCCGAUGAUACCCCGUCUCUGCACGACUCUAUCCUAUCUUCCCAGAGUAGUGCAUUGGCAUUCCGAAGUUCACCACGAAUUAGUCCCAGUCCAGCCCACCGUCCAUUUGACCUUCGUUUCCAGUCCCGAUUAUCUUCAUCUCCACUAAGCGCACCCCGGUCCGGCUCCCCAUUUCUAGCGCAUCUACACUCCCGGCAGUCGUCAAUUACGAGCCAAGUUUCGCCGACCCCGGAAUCAGAUAACGAAGUACCGCCGAGCCCGUGGGAUGUCGUGCGAUGGACCAAGCUGCGCAAGAUCACUGGGCAGGCCUUCUCGGAGAUUGGAAAGCGCAACUUUGGGAGGCCAACCUGUCUGGCAGUUUCAACGUCAAUUGUGAUCGGUACUUCCAAAGGCAUUAUCUUGGUAUUCGAUUAUCAACAAAGUUUGAAGACGAUCAUUGGAACGGGCACAAAGGCCGUUGAGUGCGGUCCUGUCACCUCUCUGGCAUUAUCGGCUGAUCACUCGACUGUGGCCGGUGGCCAUGAAUCCGGCGAUAUCUUCACCUGGGAAAUUUCACGGUCCGCGCGACCGUUCCUCCACAUGCCUCCAAUCCCAGCAAAUCAAAUUGAGACCCGGACAUCCGAUGGACACAUUGCAGGCUCUACGGUGAUCCAUGUGGGCUUCCUAGGAACGCGACGUACGGCGAUCGUGUCGGCUGAUACGAGAGGAAUGGCCUUUUCGCAUUUGGCAACGCGAGGUACGGGCUCCCUUGGACGAACGGUCAAAACAACUCGAAUCUUGGGUCGUUAUCCACAAACCGCGCUGGAGGAGAUGCGCAAACGAAAACCCAGCUCAGUCUUGGCCUUUUCUCCUCUCCCGCUCGGAAACGUGGAGCAGCCGUCCGAUUCGUUAGGUCUCGUUGCCAUGCUGACUCCGUACCUUUUGGUCAUCGUGUCGACUACCCCCGUCGCCCGAACUCAACACAAAUCGCCGCGCCCUAAAGAGGUUCCCGCGCAUAGUGCUAUGACUGGUGCUCUGGCUUGGUUCCCCGCAAUUCGAUUGAAGGGAAAAGACAGUCAAACCUCCAACACGAAGCUUGUCUAUUGCUGGUCAAAUGUCUUGACCGUGCUAGAAGUGACUGAGGCAGAGACAGACGAGCCUGUGGAUAGGGACCGACCUCCAAGCCUCGUCUUCCGAGCCCGCAGCAGAUGGAAGGCAGAUGAGGCCAUCGUGGCCGUCCAAUGGCUUAGCCGCUCCGUGCUAGCAGUGCUCACAAUCACCCAACGCCUUCUUAUCCUGGAAGACUAUUCUAUGCAUGUAACAGAUUCCAUCGACCUUGCAAACCGACACAUCUACCAUACCGACCUCUUUUCCUCACAACUUCACAACUUGGUUGAGCAACUCGACGAAGACGAUACAUCCAUGCACGGCGUAGUGGCUGAUGCCUUCUACAUGAGUUUCCGGUCCUAUAAAGGGCGUCUGUUCUUACUUGGUUAUAAUGAAGCCCAAGUUGGCAACCUUUCAAACUGGGCUGAUCGCCUCUUGGCACUGAUGGAGGCAGGUGAUUUCAUCAGCGCUAUACGCUUAGCGACUUCAUACUACACAGGAAGCGCGGAGAGGCUUACAGUGGGGCUCCCUGAUGAGGAUGCUUUGAGGCAGCCGAUCGUUCAAGAAAAGCUUCUUGAAAUGAUCUCGGCAUCUUUGAAGUAUGCCUUCGGUCGCAAUGCCGAAGCAAGAAAUGAGCAACUGGAGAACCAGCAACUUGAGGAGCUUGCCGAGGUAUCCGUGGCUGCUUGCCUCCACAUGGCGGACGAGGAGUUUCUGUGGGAGGAAGUGUUCACCUGGUACGAGGAGCACGACUCUGCAGGGGUUUUCUUAGACGUGUUGGAACCGCGUAUCGUCGACGGAACCAUUCGAUCACUACCACCAACUGCAGUCAAAGCUCUCAUCAACCAUUUCAUCGUUACCCAUUCUGCUGGCCGAUUGGAGGAGAUCAUUUGUCUUCUCGAUACUACGACGAUGGACAUUGACCAAGUCACCACCCUAUGCAAGCAGCACAACCUAUACGAUGCAUAUAUUUACGUCUGGAAUCGGUGUCUCAUGGACUACGUGGGGCCCUUGGAGGAACUCCUUCGUAUGAUCCCCGCUCAGACUGAGCAGCCCUUGGUCAACGGUGACUAUGCCAUUGAAAUGAAACGCCACGCCAACGCGAUGAAAAUGUUUCCUUACUUGUCCUUUGUCUUUACUGGCCGAAUCUACCCUACCGGUGAUGACAUGGAUGAAGCCGAAGCUUUGCGGGCCAAAUCCGCAUUGUAUCAAUACCUCUUCUCGGGCCACCUGUCUGGCACAGGGUCAACGAAUGCCCCUAACGAGGCUGGCUCGUUUGCCCAGCUGCAGGCUAUGCUCAAGUUCGAUGCAUCCAGCUUCAUGAGUAUGUUCAACGAGGCUUUCGAGGACAGCUUUUUGAAUGAGCCCGAGUCUGAAGAUGCUCCCACAUCCGGGGUGUCGAUCAACCGACAAUACUUGAUCAGCAUCUUGCUUCAAGUGAUGGAUGCAUCGGUCUUUGCUCCUUCCGAUACCAUUUACUUGGACAUGUUUGUUGCACGCAAUCUUCCUAAAUACCCACAGUAUAUUCUUCUUUCGGGCACCACUUUGCAUCAAGUGCUUGUACGGCUGUGCCAGUAUCCGGAGGAGGAUAUGGCCGAGGACUGCGAGCUGAGUGCGGAGUACCUGCUUUCUUUCUACCACCCACCGGAUAUUCAGAGUAUGGUGCCACUCUUUAAAGAGGCUCGAUUCUUCCGUAUCUUGAAGUCAACGUACCGCUCAGAGAAACAGUAUCCCCAGUGGAUCAUGGCCUAUCUUGAUGACCCGCAUGACAAACCAGCUAUCUAUACAGCUCUCCAUGAUUGCCUUCGCUCCAGUUCGGGGCUUGGCAAAAAACAGAGGCGGGAUGUAGUUGAGGUGGUCAAGCAGCAUGCCAAAGAGAUCGCCGCCAUAGAUGUGAAGCGAGUUGCGCAGGCAAUGCAGGACCUGGCGCCCGAGACUCACUCCACAUUCCUACAGGUAUUGGAAGAUGAUCCCUUCAACCAGUACCAGUAUCUUCAGGUUUUGGUUGAACCUCACGGACAAACCAGCGAGAAUCGGGCUACUCCAUCGGUGGAGAAUUGGAUGAUUGAACGGUACGUGCAGCUUCUGUGCAAAUACAAUCCGUCUCACGUCGCGGACUUUGUGGAUGGCCUACGGGUAGGAGACAUUCAUCUCGAAGAGCUUCUCCCAUCUAUUGAGGAGAGCGGGGCCAUAGAUGCCGCCGUUAUCCUGCUCGCCCGACAAGGUGAAGUACGUGCUGCCUUGGAUCGUCUCGUAGCACACCUGAGCACGCUCGAAUCGGGUCUAGUCGGUAUUCUCCACAGCGUGAGCGAGGCUCCAGAUACUGCCAGCACGACCGAGGCGAUCGAUGACCUUCUCGAGUCUCUGAAUAAGUACGCUGGAGUUGGAACCUGGCUUUGUCAAGGCCAGACCAAGACAGCAAAGCAAUCACGGGUGGCCACUAAUGGCCAGAGGGGAGUGCCGCUGCUUGAACAGCCACUAGCCUUUGACGAGACACUCUGGUUGGAUCUCAUCGAGGCCGUGGUUCGCAUUGCAAGUAAUGUGUUUGCCCUGAUGCGGACUCAUCAAAUCACGGAUUUCGAAUCAACAUCGCCCGCCGUCUCUCUAAGUGAAGACACCGGCCGGCUGACGGUUUCCUUCCGCACUCUCGUCCAGCAGGUAUUCACCUCGUUGCUCGCCAGCACUGUGAAAGGUAGCGGCCCAUCAGCUAGCGAACGCACCGAUCUUUCCUUCCUCCGCAUCUUGCGCGCCUUCCUGACCCGCGCCGCCAACUGGUCCCCGUCCCUGCUCGAGCUGCGCGCUGUGCUCGCCUCGGUAUUCUCUGCCUAUUCCUAUGAAAAGUCCCUCCUGACGUUGGCCAACGGCAUGUUGGACCGCGAUCUAUUCGUACACGUGGAUGAGGUCACCCGGCUGCGGCAGCACGGGUGGCGCCCCCGCGGCCAGGUCUGCGAGAUCUGCCGACGGCGCAUCUGGGGCCCCGGUGUGGGCUCAUCGCACUGGGACUCAUGGGAGCAAAGGCAAACAGAUGAGCACCAACGUCGCAUCGUCAGGCGUCUCGAAGAAAGUUAUGACCCUGUGUCUGAGCGGGGGAAGGGCAAAGCUGCUGCCAUGCCUCACCCGGUCAGCCACGGGCACAAUGCCCUGGCUGGACCGGGGACUGAGGAAGAUGGGGAAAGCCACCCCGCUGAGCCCGUGGUGGUAUUUUCCUGCCGACAUCUCUAUCAUCGACAAUGCGUUUUAGAUGCCAUUAGUGGGCUUCAUCGACCCAUGGAUGCACAUGGCUCGGUCUUCCAACGCGAGCAUCCCGACUGGCCGGUUGCUGAACUGUUUUGUCCGGCUUGUACAUAG